CUUCGAAGUUUAAACUAAAAAAACUAUAAAAAGAAAUGGUUAGUUGCUGGCUUCGCAGAAAACGCCGUAUUUUCCAGUGCGAACCAAGUGUGAGCUCAAACAUGGAUCGCCGCUGUCUGAUUUUGAUUUCGACUCUGUUCGUCCAGAGUUUGUACGGAGCCUCGAUCGAGGUGCCGUCGACGACGAUCAACGGGGAUGCGACUUCGGCGAAUACUUUCAACGGAACCCCCCUGGAGAACUUUUCGAACUUGACCCCGGGGGAUGCCCAAGUCCUGGCCGAUCUCCAGCGGAUCCGUCUGAGCGGCGAGCGGUUCCGCGGCGAGGCCAUGCAGUUCAUCCAGUCCCUCCCCAACCGCCUCUCGGAGGGAUUCGCCCAGAGCCACCAGCUCUUCCAGCUCCUCGCCCAGAUGUUCUCGUCUGCGGUCAACGAUCGGAUUCAGACCAUCCAGGCCGGUGGAAGGUACCUGGGCGAGAACGCCAAAAAUCUUGCUCUGGAGGGCCUGAAACGCGGACAGAACGGGAUCAGCGCUGGCGUAGAAAUGGGUGAGAAGGUGCUCGAGAGGGUUCGAAGCAACGGUCAAGCACUCCUGCAGAACGGCAUGAGCUACCUCCAGUCCGGGGGAUCUGGGUCCGCCAGCAUCACGACCAGGGAUUUGAGCGACCAGAUUACCGCCCCGUUCGAUAAUCAGUACACACAGCAAUUCACUUCGAGCUUGAAGAAUGCCGCCAAUACUGUAACGUCGCAGCUUCCCAACCCCAACCAACAACUCGAGGACGAAGACGAUGCUCUAUAUAGGGCCCAGACCCAGGACGACCCAGAGGACGACCUGGACUUCGACGACGGCCUGGAAUCCCAGAAACUAGCCCGCCGGGACGACAAGCCUGUGACCGGGGUGCUCUCGGACGAGAUCAGCGGUGUCGGAGCGGCCGGGGCGGACAUGUUCAAGAACGUGGCUAGAUUCACAUCGGGCGGGAUCCGAGGGCUCUUGGACGCCCUGUCCACCGUCCUGGUGACCACGGGCGAGGUCGGAGGUCACGCCAGGAGCGCCUUCAGCAGCAUCAACAAGUCCGGGGCCGGCGCCAUCAGCGCUGUCAUCGACACCGGUGGCAACAUCGUCUCUGGGGGUUUGGACAAGGCUGGCUCCGUCGUUGGGUCCUUGAAAGUUGGGGGUGGUGGAGCUACUCCUCCCAAGGCUUAAUUGGGAGUUUUUGGUUGGUUUGUUUUACUUAUAAUGACAGGAACAAUGUCAAUAGAAUUAAACUCAUACUCAGAGGUAAA